UUGUAAAUUAUAACCCAGUUAAAUUGGAAAAUCUGCGACUUGUCAUUUGCCAAAGACUCUGCCAACUCCAAGGCAGUCUGGGGCGUGGGGUGGCUAUAUAAGGCCAAGCAGAAGAGCCGAAGAAAGUUAGUUGAAAUUAUUCUACUUGGAGUGAAGAGGAGUUUAUCUCGAAAUGCGAGGAUCGACAAGCUAUAUGCUGUAUGCCCUACUGCUGGCUCUCGUGCUGCAGUUGAGCCACCAGUCCCAGCUCUUGAACUCUGGCGAUGACGUCUGCCGACUGUUUGCGGAUGGCACAAAGCUUCGCAAGCCGGGCGGCUGCAACGAGUGGAUUGUGUGCCAGAACCAAGUCAGCACGACGGGCGGAACUUGCAGCGGGACCACGCCCUACUUCAGUCUUUCGAAGGGCACCUGCUACAAGACCUUGGACACCACCUACUGCGCCAGUCCGUGCACAUCCACCACAAACGGCUACGUGGGCAGCACCCUCAACUGUGCCAAUUGGUACUACUGCGAGAAGAAGACCUUAAAGGGCAGCGGCUCCUGCAGCGGCCAGUUCUUUGACCAGAAACUGCAGCAGUGCGUUCAUGUGGAGAACACUUCGUGCGCGGCCAAAUUUGAGUGGUGCGACAUCGUGCCCAUAAACGUGCCGUUCCGCGACGAGGGCUACUGCAACAAGUACUACACCUGCGACAAGUCUUAUAAGCUUAUCGAAAACACUUGCGAGCUGGGCAAGUACUACGAUGUGCAAUCGAUGGCGUGCGUGGAAAAGAAGGUUGUUGAUUGCGGGGAGCACCCGCUGCCAGUCGACGUGUGCGGAACCAAGAAGUUGGCAGUGCGCAACAAAUUUGUUUCGGAUGGUGCCACCUGCCGUGGCUACUUCUACUGCCGGGAUCUCGGCUCCGGGGUUCCCGAUCCCAACCCUGAGCGGCUGCAAUGCGGAGUGGAUUAUUUCUUCAACGUGGAGCGACAGGCCUGCAUGCCACGCGAAACCCAGAAGUGUGAUGAGGAUCGUUGUGAUGGCCGCGACAGUGGCUUCGAGGUGGCCCAGGUGAACGGAUGCCAUAACUACCUAACGUGCGCCAAUGGCAAGGAAAUUAAUGUGCUGACCUGUGGCGACGAAUACUUCGAUGUGGAAGCCCAGAAGUGUACUUCAACCAUUAAAACCUACGGUGCUUGCACCGCCUAGCUAUUGUGAUGUCAAAUAAACCAAUUCUCGGCCACUUA